ACAGUUGCUGUAGGCAAUCAAGCUUUCAAAAGUUUUAAAGUAUCAAUCUCGUUUAAGUUGGUGAUUUCCCGAGAAGCAGUUCAGAUGGCAGGCUCCAAAAUUUUGAUCAAUGAUGAAGACAUAUUUUGGAAGCAGUUAUAUGAAGAAUUUAGAAAGGAUAAAGCAGAUCUACUAGAAUACGUAGACAUUAUGCAAAAAUGGGCUGAUAGUCAACCACAUUUUCCUGAGCGACCGAGUCAUGAAAUCCUCCGCUUUGUAAUAUUAUACAACAAAUUUAGCAUAGAAAAAGCCAAGGCGAAAUUGGAUAUGUACUAUUCAAUUAGAAACCUAAUGCCGGAAUAUUUUCAAACCCAUCCAUUAAGCGCAGAUAUUGUUUUCCAUAGUAAAGUGUGCCUCAUGGUACCACUACCAAAACCAACAAGUGAUUACUCCAGGAUAAUAUACAAUACACUUAAUCCAGAGUAUGACGAUCCAAAACACUUGAAUCAUGAUAUAUUUAUAUCCUCUUUUAUUCAUGUCCUGGAAUGUUUGAUUCGCGAAGAUCUGUGCUAUAAAUUUCAUUAUAUUAUGGACUGUAAACCGGUUACAAUGGGACAUAUUCCAAAAUUUAAGCCAAUGGGCUUUAAGAAAGUCUUCAUAAUAUUGGAAAAAGUGUUCUCCAAUAGGUUAGCGUCGAUUUGUUUGGUAAAUGUCGCAGAUUAUUGCGAAAGUUUCAUCAAUGUCGUAGUCAAACCUAUUUUGAGCGCCAAGAUGAAAGAAAGGCUGAAGAUAGUUUCAAAUUUUGAACUGACUCAAAUAUAUGGCAAAGAGCGUUUACCCAGAGAUGCAGGAGGAGACUUGAAAUCACUCUCAGAAAUGAAUGAUUUAUUGAUAGAAUAUUACGAAACGAAAAAGGAUGUGUUUGAUAAGUUAGAAAAGUUGACAGUUGAUGAAUCAUUGAGGCCAGCUAAAUUGAAAAAUGAUGAAAUAUUGGGGUACUACGGAAAUUUCAAAAAAAUUCAGUUAGAUUAGAUACAUGUUUAUUAGGCCACUUGCGCGGCCAAAGCAUGCCGUUAACGAACAAAGUAAGACCAAGAGCUGUAACUUUGAAUAAGAAACUUUUUUAGCGAGUAAGAAACGUUUUUAAGUCUGUAGUCAAUAAUUUAAUCAAUAAACGUCGGUAUACACAAGUCGUGCGUUUCGUGUGAGUAAGGAACUUAGGGGAGAUAGAAGGUAGGUUUCUGAAUACACCUUGAAUAUGAGGCUUAAUUUGGUUUUGUUUGAAUACAGGCCUUUAUGGCACUACUUUAUCUGACUCAAAUAAUUCGGGUAAGCUUCAAUUCUUUGUUAAAACAGCUCUUCGUUCAACAAGUUCAGUGUAACAGACACAAUUAAAUAUGAAUCACAACUUAAAUUUUUACUAGUGUAGAUGAUAAUUUAAUAUAUAUAUUUAUAUUUGCGCGACUACACUACAAAACAAAGACCUCCAAUGCAGAUCCUUGUUUGAAGCUGGUCGACCUUUAUGUGUUUUGUUUUUUUAGUUAUGUAAUACAUUUAUCUAGACAACAUUUAAAUAAUAAAGGGUGUUCACAUUGAAAAUUGUAGCAAAAAAUGAGUAUCACUUGACCCCGAUAGUUCACCGGUCAAGGUAGACAACGUAGAUAUAAAAUGUUAUAGGCCAGAACCUAUUUUACAAAUCUUUAUUAUCAAGAUUAUGCUAAAAGAUUAGACUUAGCUCAGUUAGUGUUAGCGGCUUAUUGUAUAAAUUACCAGAAUACAUUAGAUAUAGUUUUUUUUA